AUGACGAAAGAUACAAACAUGUCAGCAGUAGACGAAGAAUCUUUGUUCUCCGACGAAGAACUGUUUGCCAACGAUGCAAACGAUUGUGUUGUAAAGUUAACUAGUACAGUCAGUUAUGAAGACGAGUAUCAGUCUUUAUUAUUUCAAAACAGAGAUCGUAUAAUAACUAAAUUAAAAAAUGAUUUAUCCAAUGUCUUACCUCCUCCGCCAACAGUAACUACUUGUCGGCUGAGUGUAAAUGAUAUACUAGAUAGAUGGUAUCAACACGAAAAAUCAAAUUUUCUAACCAAGAAACCUGAAACAAAAGAACUAAAAAAUAUUGACCGCGCAAUUAAUUGGCCAUGGCCAGAAGUAUCUAAUGUCCAGUGUUUUGAUGUUUACUAUAACAUUGAUAACAAAUCGGCAGAAAUGGCAUUAUUGGAAACAAAGUACCAACAAAGGUAUGUUUCAAACGAGACAAAAUCCCUCAUGAACACAGGAUUAACGCCACAGCCUAAAAAAGAACGUGGAUUAGUCAUUCAACAAGUUAAGCCUGUUGAACAAAGUAUACGAUUAAUUCGAAGAAAACCGGUCUCAAAACCUCAAAUAUUAGCAGAGGCUAAAGCAAAAUUAGCUCUUAUUGAAAAUAAACGUCGAAUUUUAGUGCCAGGAAAACUAAAAAGGGAAAAUAUAAAACCAUUAGAGAAAAGUUAUCUUGAAAAUCGAAAUGGCACUGACAGAAGAUCAAUUAGUCAUAAAAGAGCACUAUUUCAAAGUCCUGAAAUGUAUUGUUCUAGAAAACGUGUGUGUUAUAGUCAAAAUCCAAAUUCUGAAGAGUCGUCUCCUCUUAGUGCUCUUUCAAUUUGUAGUGAUACAUCAAAUACUACACCAGUCAAAAGAUGGAGUGCUGCUCCUUUGAGUGCAAAAUUAUUUGGUGAUGACCAAGAGGAUAAACAGACAACAAAUAUUACUAGAACAGAACCAGUCAAAAAAUGCCAAAGAGUAUUGAAAUUUUUUAAUAAUACAGAAUCAGCGACUCCGAAAAAUUUGUUUAAUACAAAACCAAGUCAAAAAGAACUUAGUAAACUUCAUAAACAGAAAUUAUUAUGGGCUGUUUCGGAAGUGUUAAAAGAUUGUGGUGUCGAUAGUCAUCACAAGCAAUUUCGACCAUUUCUUCAACAAUUAUUCAAAGUAAGUUCUAAACAAUGGUUGCAGAAGACAGGUUCAGAAAUAAAAACUAGCACUAGUGAAGCGAUGCGUGCUCUAGUGAUGAAGCACAAGAGUACAGUAUUAAAAUUUAAAUUAAAGUCUCCUAAACAUAAAGACAAUGUUGUUACAUCUAAACGAAAGUCUGUGGCAGACGUAAAAAAAGUAUUGUUUAUAGAUACCCCAAAAACUGAUUUUAAGUUUGAAAAAUUUGGUUCAGACUUAAAAACAAAAAGUCCAACUAUUGAAAAUGUAGUUAUCAGUAAAGGAAUCAAUGAUUUAGCAUUAUAUCUAGAUAUUAAAAAUUUACCUUGUAACAAAAAUACUGAAGACCUACCAAGUAGGCCAGUUUCUUCUACUUCUGACUAUUGUUCUAAUCUGGAUAUUGAAACAAAAGAUUCAGAAGGAAUCUUUGCUGGUUAA